AUGAACAAUCCCUUCACCACCGUAUCGGACGGAAUCAACAAUGUCUUUGAAAAAUCUAUUGCAUGGAUGAUGAAUGAUUCCGAAGCAGGAACGAGCAACCGGAGUGAUUUUUCAAAUGGAGCCAAACAACAACAAUACAAUGUAUGGCAACCUCUUCAUAAUGAUGAUAUGUACAUGAUUCGUGAUGAAUUUGCCCCAUUCCCCUCCGAAGGCUUUUCUGCUCUUCAUUUGAAAGGUCAUUUGGAUCCCAAUCGUUUCUACGUACAUGGAGGAAAAACAAGAUUCAAUCAAUUCCAUAAUCCGCUCAUGUUGUAUUAUGUAGAGAAAUUGGAUUGGAAGAGUAUUACUCUACAAAUGAUACAAGAGAAUGAUGCACAUGUUCUGGAAGAUUUUCAUGAGAGACCUAGAGCUCAUCAUACUCUCAAUCAAAUCAAUUCCGAUCAUUUGUUAUUAUAUGGAGGUCAAGUGGGUUAUAACUCUAGCAGUAUUGGAACGAAUUUAAAUAAUUUCUUUAAACAAAUUGGAAAUGGAAUUACAGGAAAGAGCGACGAAAAUUUUCAAUAUGAUCCAUAUAUUUAUGAUAUUGAUUUGUCACAAAACACAAUUCAAAGAAUUAGAACUCCAGAAAAUACACCUAUACCAAAACCAAGAAGAUACCACAGUGCUUGUGCAUAUAAAGGAGUGUUAUAUGUCUAUGGAGGAGAGGGUUUUAAUUAUUCCAUUGGUCAACAAUCAAAAGGAUUUGGCUAUGCCUUUGUUCAAACAUUUAAAAAGGCUAUCCCUGAACCACUGAAUGAUUUUUGGGCAUUCAAUUACAAGACAAAUACAUGGACUCAAUUAAAAUCUCCUCCCAGACCAGGAAGAUAUGGACACUCAAUGGUGUUGUGUGAAAAACGUGAGAAGUUCUAUGUCAUUGGUGGAUGUGGUGUGAGUGAAAGAAAUGAAGACAUACCAUUUAAAGAGUUUUUAGAGUAUGAUAUUGCCACAAAUACUUGGCAAAUUGCAGGCAUGAUUCCUCAACGGCCUGAGACUGUAGAUUUGAUACCAGCUCGAUGGGGUUCAUCUGCCAUUUUUGAUGAUUUUAUAUUUAUCAUUGGAGGUGAAUUAUUGGACAGACCAAGAAAUGCAUUUUCUAAAGAACCUAUUUUAGAUGAUAUUCUGAUUUACAAUAUUAGAAAUUUUAAAUUAACAACAGCAGGUAUUGGAGCAAGUGAAUGCACAUUGAUUCAUGCAAAAACAUUAAUUUUCAACAAUAGACUUGUCGUUCUUGGAGGACGAAUGGGGUUAACGACCUAUGCAAAUGCAUCCAUGAUCUACAUGAAUAAUACUGCCUCAAAGCCAUUAUUUGGCGUAGAUAUUGACGAUCGUUCAAGGAGAAUGAUCAACAUUUGUGUAUCAUAUUUGAGAAAGAGCGCUGCUUUAGAGUUUCCAAGAUUGUUCUCAAAUGAAUACGACACACGAGAUACGCUCAUGUUGCGUCUAAUGCUCAAUUUUGAUCAUGGACACAUUUCUGAUGAACAAGAUUUACUAUCUGAUCAUGACACAUCUCCAUACUCGGUUGCUUCUCUGAUUUGUUAUUUUUUAGAAUCGUUGCCUGAACCACUCUUCACCUCUUUAUUGUAUAGAAAAAUUAUUGACACCUGUAACAGCUCCCAAAGCGCUCAAGAAAAGAUCCAAAUUCUUAGAGAAGCUUUCAAAGAACUUCCAAAACAAAGCAUUGAAAUAUUUUACACAAUCUCCAAUUUCCUGUGCUUGGUGAGCGACAACUACCAAACAUCAGAACAGAACAUUAAGGAUCUUUCCGUUGUUUUUUCUCAUCUCUUUUUGUCCACUAAAAUACCAAACCAACGCAGCGUUAAAGACGAUUGUAGUGACAAGGAGGGUAUGACUCCAAAAUUUAAGGCAACAGCAUUUUUGAUAUCCAACCACAAAGAGUUGACUGAGGAAUUCAUUAAUCCUAUCAACACUGAUAUGUUCGUUGCAGCAACAAGUACUGCUGUGAUACCUAAAGAAAUUCCUCAAAAGCAAGACUCUCUCUUAGAUUUCUCCAUGUAA